AGAAGAAGAUGCAGAAUUUGAGAAAAUAGUCGAUAAUGAAUGGGAAUUUGAUGUAAGCGCAUCUUUCCAGCUUUUUUUCAUUCACAUCUCACGCAUAUAUAUAUACUAGAUGACCAAAGACGUCAACAGCGACAAACCAAUAUUAUCCAGUAGCCCUUCUGCUGCAGAAAAGACACUGGGUCAGACAUAUACCCGUAACCCAGAGACAUUACCACUUGUGCGUAUGUUUAUGAAUCCAGAUCAGUCACCCGAUCUAUUAGCUCCUCCUAAUGUCAACUCAGUCACUCCUGACAUACGUCUGCCUUCACCCAUCUUGAAUCCAAAAGCUGAAGAAGAGCAAAUCCAGCCACCUCGACCGUCCAUACCCAAGAUUGAUCUUCAGAAACUCGAACCGAAUAAGGCGCCUCGUAGUUUACUCGGUUCGCCUAUCUCAAAACUAACGCCAAUGACACGGUCAGGAUCAAGUGAAAAUGGCAAGCCGAUGAUCCGAGCCCGCUCUCACUCGGACCAACGACCUGACCAUCAACAGCAGUACGAUAUACCUCCUGUUCCUCAACUUCGAGGCAAUGUCGUACCACUUGCGCGUCGUGUCAGGUCAGCAACCACACUUCGGCCUGUUGAAGAUAAAUCACCCACUCAAAAGUCACCCAAGCCAACGGACAAAAAAAAUAAAAACACGGAAUCACACAGAAGGAGCAUCAGCGCUGAUAAUACGGAAAAUACCAAAAAGGUAAAAGCAUAAUCCUUGUCUUUCUAUUUCUCUAAUAUUGUUUAACGACUUUUUUUAUACUUUAUAGAUGGUUCAGGAAGCUUUAAACAGAAAUACAUCGUUUACAUCUGAGGCAGAGAUGUAUAAACAAAAAUUAGAGGGACAUUUGUACAAUCUAGAUGACGCACUUUCGAUUCGACCCCUUGUGCUCGACGGUAUACAGAGCCAGCAACAGUUUUAUGAUGCUAUAUGGUCAACCUUGGGAGACUUGAGCGGUUGGUUAGAAUCAAUGGAAACAGCUUUAGAACAUGUGAAUGAAGAUUAUUUAUCAUGAAUCUCUUUAUUUGUUUGUUGUUGUAUUUAAUAUAUUUUUUAAUCAUAUCUUGAGCUCACUCUCAUGGUGCAUUUC